CCCACACAACCUUAGGGAAGUGAGUGAAGGUUUAGCUGCCGCCAUCAUAGCAUUCCUUCUGAACGUAGAUAUUUCAUCCCCGCAUCUAAUCUUCAAACCAUAGUUCCAACCGCCGAUGGCAGGCCUUCACAGGAUCAUCGUCGGCCUCGACUUUGGAACAACUUAUUCCGCCCUCGCCUGGGCGUCAUCCAACCUCCCGGGCCAGAUAAACCUGAUAGGAAACUGGCCGAGCGCCGGAAUCCUAACCCACCACAGCGCGCCUUCUGAGAUCGCCUACCACCAAGGCAGCACAACAGACUUCUCCUGGGGCUACGAUAUCCCGAGAACUGUACGGAGAUUGAAAUGGUUUAAGCUGCUCCUAGAGAGUAACGACGAUCAUGUACAGAGUGGGAUGCCCCUGCCGCCGGGGAUGACGGCGAUGGAUGUCACCCGGGAUUUCUUAUCAGCGCUGUACCAGCACGCUAUAAGUACGCUUUGGAGGCAGAAUGGGCAGGCGGUGAUGUCAAUGACGAGGGUAGAUUUCGUACUCACCGUGCCGGCGGUUUGGUCGGAUACUGCUAAGCAGAGGACCAGGGAGGCGGCGGUUGCGGCGGGAAUGUCGAAUGAUCAUAACCUUUCGUUACUGUCGGAGCCAGAGGCUGCAGCGAUAUAUACUAUUAAGAAUCAGGAUGCGAAUGCUAUAAAUGUCCACGAUAGGAUCGUGGUCUGCGAUGCUGGCGGUGGAACAGUCGACUUGAUAUCCUACACAGUCCUUAGUAUCGAGCCUCUAAAAGUAACAGAAUGUGCUGUGGGAACAGGCGACUUCUGCGGCUCAACCUAUAUCGACCGUAACUUCGAAGUGUUGCUCCAGCAACGCAUGGGCCACCACUACCACAGCCUGCGCGUGGAGACUCAGCAGCGUAUCGUGAAAAACUUCGAAGAGGUAAAGUGUGCAUUUAGGGAUAAACCUGACCAAAAUGUAUAUCACGUGAAUGUUCCCACCGUAAACUCGAUUCCGGAAGCAGGGAUAUACGGCGGGGAGUUCCAAUUGACUCGCGAAGAAAUGAGGCGAUUAUUCGAUCCGAUAGUCAACCAAAUCAUGGUUUUAAUAAGUGGCCAAAUACAGUCCAUCUGCAAAGAGGGGUAUCAUGUAAACUCUGUCCUCCUAGUCGGCGGCUUUGGAGAAUCCCCCGCAACAGCGGUAGUAAAAGGAGCCGUCCUGCGGGGCCUUGAGCCGUCCCUACCCCUCCAAGUAAGCCACGUUGUCCGGCGCUCCCGUCGGCAUUACGGCACCCCAAUGAGCACCCUUUUCAUCCCAGGCCGACACAGCGAGCGCGACGCCUACACCGACCCAAUAACCGGCCGCCGGAUGGCGCGCAACCAAGUAUCCUGGUUCCUGAAUAAGGGAGACCCAAUAACCGACGACCGGCGCAUAACCAGGAACUUUUGUCGCUCCUUCAAAAAAUACUCCGGGCCAUGGGUCGAUAGCAUGGUUGCGUGCGAUCUGGACCGCCCGCCGAGCAGGGUCACGCGGGAUGUCAAGCACAUUUGCAAUAUCACGGCGGAUCUGAGCUCCGUGAGCAAGUCCAGUUACGAGAAGAAGUGGAGGAACUGGAGGAGGUAUUACGUCGCGAGAUAUAAUCUGGAUUUGACGAUUUUGAGUGGGGAAAUGAAGUUUGAGUUGAUUUUCAGGGGGGCAAGUUAUGGGAGCAUUUCGGUGGAUUUCGACCUGUAAGUGGCGAACGGUAUGAUGGAGAGCUUGGACGGGGGACUGUGGGCGGUCAUGAUAUAUUACCCUUGCGGCCUACCCUUAGGGUUUCAUGGAAGGUGGAGCAUUCGAUUUUGAUUGCGGGAAAGGUUCUCACGAGGAGUGGAUGCUGAGCAUCGUGCGCUUUUUUAUACGCGUUGAACAAACCGAAAAACCAACCAUUUCCUCUAUCUUAUCCUCUA